GGGGUGUGGGAGAAGAGAGGUGACGCUAUACACAGGUUCCUCCCCCUUCCUUGGAGCCGAGACAGUCGGGCUGCUGAAGCUCGGGCCAAUCAGAGGGGAGGCUCCAACGAUGGCAUGGUGAUGGAACGCCGCUGAGAGGUCUGACAAGAUGUACCAGGUCCCACUGCCACUGGACCGGGAUGGGACCCUGGUCCGCCUCCGCUUCACCCUGGUGGCCCUGGUCACAGUCUGCUGUCCACUUGUCGCCUUCCUCUUCUGCAUCCUCUGGUCCCUGCUCUUCCACUUCAAGGAGACUACGGCCACACACUGUGGGAGGGAGCCAGCUCUGGAAAAGGCUCCACUUCCCAAGGCCCAGGUGUCCCACCAGGCCCCAAGUUGUGUCCCUCGCCCUGCCUGGGCACCACUCCCUACAGGAUGUUCUCUGCGGCCUCCCAGCCCUUGGAUCCAGAUGGGACUGUGUUCCGGCUCCGCUUCACGGCCAUGAUCUGGUGCCCAACUACCUGCCUUCGGUGAGCUCGGCCAUUGGUGGGGAGGUGCCCCAGCGCUACGUGUGGCGCUUCUGCAUCGGCCUGCACUCAGCGCCCCGCUUCUUGGUGGCCUUCGCCUACUGGAACCACUACCUCAGCUGCGCGUCCCCGUGUCCUGGCUACCGCCCGCUUUGCCGCCUCAACUUUGGCCUCAACGUCGUCGAGAACCUCGCACUGCUAGUGCUCACUUACGUCUCCUCUUCCGAGGACUUCACCAUCCACGAAAAUGCUUUUAUUGUGUUCAUCGCCUCUUCCCUCAGUCACAUGCUCCUCACCUGCAUUCUCUGGCGGCUGACCAAGAAGCACACAGUAAGUCAGGAGGAAUAUGAACAUGCCCAUCAUUCCUGCUGCCCUUGCCUGUGCCCCCUUCCAAAACCAAGGGAGGACCGCAAGUCCUACAACUGGAAACAGCGGCUUUUCGUCAUCAACUUCAUCUCCUUCUUCACGGCGCUGGCUGUCUACUUUCGGCACAACAUGUAUUGUGAGGCUGGAGUAUACACCAUCUUCGCCAUCCUGGAGUACACCGUUGUCCUAACCAACAUGGCGUUCCACAUGACAGCCUGGUGGGACUUCGGGAACAAGGAGCUGCUCAUUACCUCCCAGCCUGAGGAAAAGCGAUUCUAAACCCUUUCUCUCCUACUAGAAAGGAGGAGGCGGUCCACUGCCCAGAAACUAGAAACAAGACACCACUCUGGCCUUCCCCACCCUGUGUCCUCUGUGGGCUGUGCUGAAGCUGGGGGAGGGGGAGGAAGGGCAGAAGGGCACAGGACAGGGUUUUAGGUAGCCCUGCUGGCUUCUCUUUUCCCUCACCCCACUUGAAGGCACAGGGACCUUCAAGCAGCAUCACCCUUAUCGGAGAGGCCCCAAGAAGCUGAGCUGUUAGGAGAGCUCCACCAUCUGGUGCUAAAAAAAGUGCUGAGGUUUAUAACCACCAUCGGUUCUUGGCCUUUACAUAGCCACCUCUUGCUGAGGUCAGGGACCACUGAGCAGUGGCUGCUACCUGAAAACCACAGCCAUUUCUCUCCACGGGGUCAUUCACUUGACUGGUGUAUGUGAUUAUCUCCUGCACAUGCCCAGGCCUGUGCCACAGUCCCUUGCUAAGUUUGCCCAGGUGUUCUAGCUCUGACUUCACCUCCUGUUUAGUGUGUACCCCUUCCCCAUCUAAGCCUUCGUAUGUCCAUGCAGGUGGUUGGGGGUAGGAGGGCUGUAGGAUCUGUAAGGGCUCUGCCAGUGUGUGGUUCUGACACUACCUUGUGGAGGUAGUGUUCUAUACCUGAGGGAUGUCCUGCUCCAGGAAAAGCACUGGCACAGCAUUUGUUCCUUCCCUUCUGAAAUCCAUGGCUCACCGACUCUUCCUCCUUGGCAAAGGUGUAGGGUAGUUAGAGGCAGAUUCCUGCCCCAAAAUGGGCUCUCUGCUGUCCUCCCUGCUGCCCCAUGCCCUGACCUCUUUUGGUUGUACAUUUUAUUUCAAAGGAAAAUAAAUUUUUUUUUUUUUUUUUUUUUUU